AUGGCUCGUCAAAAUUUCAUUGGGAUGGUCAUCUCUCAAGGUAAGAUGCAAAAGACAGUAAAAGUACGUGUGGAAACCAAGAUAUUUAACAAGAGGAUUAAUAAAGAAUUGAUUCAUAGAAAGGAUUACCUUGUUCAUGACGAAGCUGAUAUCUCACGUGAAGGUGAUUUAGUAAGAAUCGAAACUACUAGGCCGCUUUCAAAACGUAAGUUCUUUGCGAUAGCCGAAAUCUUAAAGAACAAAGGUCAACAGUUUGCCAAAUUUGAGAAAGAAGCUAAGAUUAAUGUAGCAAGAGAAGAAGCAGCAAAAUCAGAAAUUUUCCUAGAAAGAAGAAAACAAAUAGAAAAUGAAAAUCUAUCUUUAUUAGAAGACAUUAGAAGGAUUCAAAACUGUUUGAAUAAAUCGGGAUCACAGGAAGAAUUAAAGGAAAUCAAGGAGAAAUAUGGUAUUACUGAUUUCUCUCAGGAUGCAGUUAAGGAAUUAUUAAAACUAAACGUGUCAUCAAUACAAGAAGAUUUAAUUCAAGAACGUACAGCAAUAGAUUCUAUACAGACAAAGCUACAAGAACUUCUCGCUGAUGAUACUUUAGCAAACGAGUUUUUAACAAAGAACGGUGUUGAGGGACCAGAAGCUUUGAAGAAGAAUAUAAAGAAAAACAUUUUAAGAAAGUAUUUGCUGCAGGGCCAAACUGAUCACCAAUCUCAACCACAGUUAUGA